AUGGCUAAAAUCUGCACCUGGACAGAAUUCCGCGUGCCCGAGUCCGAACCAAUAUUCGAGAUCAACAACCACUAUGCUCCCAGCGAAGCUCGCCAAAAGUGGAUCAACGUUAUAGCUCCGCUUGCAGAAGCCACAGGCUUUGAAGUCGCGUGUUGGUCACGGAUCAAGGAACGUCCCGACACGAUAGCACUCUGCGCACGGUGGGCCUCGCGAGAAGCUCUCCAAAGUUUCCGCGUCUCGCCCGAGCACGCGGCAUACAUGCAAGGCAUCUCCGCAUUCGGCCCGCCGCUGGAACUCGGGUUCGACAGCAUGGGCUCGAGCAUCAUCUACUUGACCAACCACCCUUGGGUCUCCUUGUUGCGGAUCGUAUUCCCGCACCCGCUGAGCGCUGAGCGGCGCAAAAAGGUGCGCAUGCUCAACGGUCUGAUCGGUUCAGGCGGACGCGGCCCGCUGACACAGUACGACCUGCCUUGGUUCGAGUCACACAUCACGUGGGCCUGCGGCGAUCCUUGGACAAAGACGGAGCGAGACGAAGAAGAGAAAGAGGCGAACGGGACCGAAGGCACCAACGAGACCACCCUGUUCUGGUUUCACUCUUGGCGCAGCUUCGACCACGAGGACGAAUACAAGCGAACGUACACGAAGCGGUUCUAUCGAGAGGAGACGGGUACACAGCAACUCCCGCCGGAGGAAUGGUUCGAUAAAAGUGUGAGGGAGUUGGGCGCGGUGGAGUGGAGCCAGGAGCAUUAUUUCGGGUUCAAGUAUGUGCCCAGGGUAUUUAAUGGGGAGCCGUCCUGCGGACGCUUCGUUCGAAACGGCAAGAUCAUUGCCGGCGGAACCGUUCUGGAGAGAUAG